CCGAGUAUUCAUAUUGUUUGUUGAUUCACCGAGUACCGGAAUGCGUUGUGUCAGUAGACCAAGGCUUCGGUUUAGUACAAGAUAGCAAUGCUAUGCGUUAGAAUCAUUUUAUACUUGUUUUUCCUGCUGUAUGCGAGUGGAAUAAUUGCUGGUAACAGUUCAGAAAUGUCGAAAAAAGAUGAAAAAGUUUGUCCAGUGAACGAUCUGGAGAAAAACGUGAAAGUAUACGAAAAGCCUAUUGAAAAUGCCAUUAAAAUCAUAAAGUCGGAUAAAACAUCGGCAGAGAUAGAAUGGAAAGCGAUUGAAGGAGCAACAGAAUAUAGAAUACACUAUCUGGAAGCGAUGAUGGCGGAUAAGAAAGCUUAUGGUGGACCAAUUCUAGGCUGUGCUGAAGCUGGAUCAACCAUGUCAGCUACCAUAAACAACUUGCAGAAAAACCAGGACUAUUCAGUUUGGAUUCGAGUUGAAAGAGAUGGCAAAUUUUUGGCCAUUUUGAACGGGGAUAAAAUCCCUAAAUCCCGCCCAUGAAUUGUAUAAACCUUCUUGUCAAAAUAUCAAAGUAUAUCAAAGUAUAUUCGAACAUUACAACAGAACAUUUUUUCUUGAAAAUUUAAGGCAA